GUGUGUUAUAAAAUACAAACAUACGCCAUAAUUAGGUAGGGACGGUCUAACAAUACUCGAUAAAUAUUGUGCAAUAUUGCGCCAUACUUCUUGCUAGUUUCGCUAUGCACGCAUAGAUGGCACUAGUUUACCUAAGUUGUUACUAGAACCGACUUAGUAUUUAAAAAUUAAAAGAUAUAUCUAUUAUGUACAUGUAUGGUAGAGAGAAAUCAAGCAAAUUACCAAGAUGCAAGGAAAAUGACGGCAAUACAACUUUAAUAAAUUCCAUGGAUGUUACUAGUACUUACCUAUUAAUACACCGGAAAUUCACGCUCUAAGUGAAACAUAGAGCGUGUAAAGGUAAUUACAUACAAUAAUACAUACAAAAUUACUGUUUACCUUACUUACUUCGUUGUCAAACCGUAAGUUAUGAUUAGGGCUCAUUAGAGAUAUAAUUAUGUGCGAUCAUCGAGUCAUCUGCUGACGAAAAGUGGCAUUAUUUAUUGUCUAAGUAAUUCCGCUACUUCUCGGUAGAUGGCGCUGCUACCAAGUUCCUUAAUUUGCUAAUUAGACUUUUCCAAAGCAAUAUUUAAUAAUUCAUGAUCAAAAAUACGGCUUUUUUAGGAUAUUUAUUUUCUACGAUAACAAUAGGUGUAUGGAAGGUAACCUUUCGUAAUCGGACGGAUGUUAUCUAUAGGGCAAUUAUAGUUCUCUCUCGUUUGUAUAGCUCUGUCUCUUUUCAGCUGUCUGCAUGACGUGUGCUUUUCACGCCGCUGUCUUCGAUUGUGGCGAAGUCAGUCACAAACGGAUUCCGAUAUCGUAUGAUCUUGUAUUUGAUGUUAUUUCAUCAAAUAUUAUUACAAAUAACCUUUGUAUCGUGUUUUAAGUGUUUUACGCGAAACGAACAACGAUUUAAGUGCGAACUUGAGCCGAAUAUCAGUGUAUUUCGCGAGUGUUUCGUAGUGUAAAGUGGAACUUAAUAAAAACAGUAAAUCUCACUGUUUUCCAAGUGCUUUUACCUGUUUUCGUGGAUUAUCUUCCGUUAUAGGAGUUAAUGGAGCGUAACAAACCUUUGGUGCUUCAGUCUUUGUAUAAUAAAAAAACUGAAAGUGCAGUGGUCUGGCGUGACGCCAGCGUGGACUAAACACGUUUUAAACACACCCAGUGACAAUGUGCUACCCAAACAUGUAUACCAACAUAACGAACUGUGUGCGAAAGUGACACCUGUCAAAAUGUCGGAGAAAAGAAGAAAGAAGACCAUAAAUUUUAUUAAAACCAUAAGGACUAUAUAGCGAUAGAUUUUUUAAUUUAAUAGACUCUUUUUUUAAAACCAAUACUGAUCUCAUAAAGUGCUCAAUUAAAUAAAAAACAAAUAACAAUGAUUUCAUUGAAGAAAUUGUAUGGGGACGAGCUGCUGCGGCUUGCUCUUGUCUUAAGCCUAUUAAAGGUGGACCCUAACGAUUAUUUAGAGAGGGAGACCCAACAAAUGUUGUCUGGUCUCCAUAUUUCAAACGGAUCCGAUUGGUCCUUGGACCAAGAGGCCAGGACCUUAAUAAGACCAAGAUACGUCCAUCCAAAAUCCUUAGACAACAUACUUAUUAAUUACGAGAGACAAUUAUUCGAAGAACUGAACUCUUUAGGACGAUAUGGUAAUCCAGAAACGGAAUAUAAUGAACGGAUUUGGAGUAACAGGGCACCGAUACUUCAUACAUAUUUAGUUAAUAAUGUAGCAACUGACGCAGUCGCGCCACCGCUCGCUUCGGCGACGGUUAACGAAAAUGCUGAGGAUUCAGUUUCGGCGGACGAUAAUGUUGCUCAAGAAGUUAAAGUAGAAGAAGAAGAAGCCGACGAAGAAGCAGAAGAAAAGAACGAUGACGAAACACCAGACGCAGUUGUUACUCUAUCCGCAGAUUUCCUCCACAAUAGAACAGAAGAAGACAUUUUCGCUGAAAUAGCCUCAAGGUCUUUUGACGUCAACGAGCUACUAGUACAACCAUCAGAGAUGCAGAUCAAAAAAGAAGAUGAGGACUAUGAAGUCCACGUAAAGAAGGAAGCAGAGGAUGACCUGUAUAGCGAUAACGCUAUAGAUUUCAUGCCCUUCUUUAGCACAAAGACUGAAAUGGAAUUUGGCGAAACGAAUUCAGUGUUACAACAGAAUAUGGCUGAUCUUCAAGAGUUCAGUGAUGUUGAUGAGGUAAAGGAAUUAAAGCAUGAUCUAGAAUAUUUAGAUGUGAAACAACAACAAGAGAAUUUGGAACAGUAUUUAUUGGAAAAUACUCCGUUAGAUGCCGAAGUGUAUGAGUUAGCACCUAUGUUUGAAGAGGAAUUGGUUCUGAAUGUGAAGAGAGAAAGAGCUAGCACUAGUUUCACGGCUAGCUCCAGCGGUGUUAGUGAUAUGGAUGCUUCGAGCGAUGGUGUGGAUGUCAAAAUGGAACCUGAUGAAGGUCACCACACUGGUGACGAGCUGACCCAAGAGGACAUGGACCUCAUCGAGGUGCUUUGGAAGCAGGAUGUGGACAUGGGUUUCUCCUUGGAGGAUCCUGUGCAACCGGAAGGUCCAACGGCAACCAAAGUGCUUGGAGAUGAGAUUGAAAAAGAGCUAAAACUGGCAGAAGAGAAGAUUGUUAAGAAGAAUGAAGAGAAAGCUGAAAUUGAAAAGGUGAAGGCUUCGCUACUGGAUUCCGAAAUUAAGGAGGAUGACCCCUGGGCCGGACUCUCCUAUACCGUUGAUACUGAGACAGGUGAAUACGUGAUCCAAGGUGACCUUCCCCGUGAGCUGGUUAGCAGUGAGGAAUCCCGUUUUGACCUUCUGGAAGAAGCUCUAGGCCUUGUCGAGCUCGGCGACGAGGCGGAGACCAAGAAUGAGCCGCCGGAAGCCAUAGAGGGCAGCAGCAGCGGGUCUUCUUCCAGCUCGGAGAUGCUGCACCCAGCUAUGCGGCAUGUGCCGCAUCAUCCCUUGGCGCAUUACCAUAACCAGUCGUUGAUGCGGUCGAUGUCAGUGGAGCAGCGCUGGCAGGAUCUGGCGUCUCUGUUGACCAUCCCCCCUCCCCCUCCCCCGGACCAGUACCAGCACUACCACCACCACCACGCCCACCAACAUCCGCACCCUCAUAAUAUUGCAGCGCAUGGAGCCGCCGGCGGUUAUGGCUCGAACUACCAUGCUGCUAUACCUCCCGUACCUGAAAAACACCCUGAAACCUAUGGAGGUGCAGCGGCACCGCUGGACGGUGCUUACAAGGUGGAAUCGAACCAGCACCCUCAACAACAUGAUCCACUCUACUAUCAGAACGCGUCAGCCGAAAUGGCCGGUCCGACCAAUCAGGACGGGUUUCUCCAGUCCAUCCUGAACGAUGAGGAUUUGCAGCUCAUGGACAUGGCUAUGAAUGAAGGAAUGUACACGAUGCGUAUGCUGGACGGCGCAGGACCGCACCAUGCUCCUCAUCACACCCACUCACACAUGAUGAUAACAGAGAGAGAUUCCGCCUCGGACAGCGCCGUGUCGUCGAUGGGUUCAGAGCGCGUGCCAUCGCUGUCUGAUGGCGAAUGGUGUGAUGGUAGCGACUCCGCCCAAGAGUUCCACAGUUCCAAGUUCAGACCUUACGAUCAUGCCUUCGGUCGAGAACGCUCCGCACCUCACCAGCCACAGAAGAAGCAUCAUAUGUUCGGAAAGAGGUGCUUCCAGGAACAGCCAGCUCCUGCCCUGGAUCCUGUCGGUAGACCUGGUGUGGUCAAAUACGAGUGUCCAGAACAGACCUACCAUCAUGAGAAUAUGCAUAUGCAUAAUGUUCCAGACUUUACUUCAAGGCCACAGUUGGCUCCACCCCACGUUACCAACCUCCACGCUCCAGCUUUGGACUUGAACACCGCACACUCGAGUCAUGCUUUACUACAGAGCAAUAUUCCCAGUCCGGCUCCGCCCCGCUUUGCUUACGCGACUCCGGAGAGAGUCCGUCACAACCACACUUACUCAGCGCCCAUCGCGGCCGCUGAUCAGCGCCCAGCCGCUGUUAGGGACAAGAGAGUGCGGCGUCUGACAGACGGUAGCAUGUCAGAUGGUGGUUCUUCAGCUACAAGCAGCGGACAACAUCUAUCGAGAGACGAGAAAAGAGCUAAAGCACUAGGGAUUCCCUUGGAAGUUCAAGACAUCAUCAAUCUACCGAUGGACGAGUUCAACGAACGCCUCUCCAAACACGACCUCAGCGAGGCCCAGCUCUCGCUUAUAAGGGACAUACGGAGACGUGGCAAGAAUAAGGUAGCAGCCCAGAACUGCAGGAAACGCAAACUGGACCAGAUCACAUCGCUCGCCGAUGAGGUCCGCACAGUGAGGGACAGGAAACAGAGGACACAGAGGGAACAUAGCUCUCUGCUAGCCGAGAGGCAGCGUGUGAAGGAACGCUUCGCGGCAUUGUACAGACAUGUUUUCCAGAACCUCCGCGACCCUGAAGGUAGACCGCUAUCCUCCCAACAAUACUCCCUGCAACAAGCCGCCGAUGGAAACGUCGUACUCGUUCCCAAGAUGCCACAGCACCAAGACCACCCAAUGAACCGUACUUCCGACGAUGAUAUGGACAGAAAAGCCAAGAGCUACGACCAGUGAUUCCGCCUAACUAGUUCCCGAGAUGGUAAUACAUAUACACACAUACAAGACUUGGACAACGCAAUAAUUGUUAAUAUACAACUUGAAAUAGUCUAUAAAUAAAAAUUACUUUAAAAAAAACUACCAUUUUAACUGUAUUUUUUUAUCUGUGAAAAAUUAUAAACGUCAAAAUUAAUUAAACUAACGAUAUUAGACCUUAUAGCGUUUACAAUAAAUACAUUAUUUCAAUAACUUAUAAAUAAAUAAGGCCUAAAAGUAUACAACCUCUUUUGUCAUUCUACAAUUUAAUAAUAAUACAAAUAAAAAAAUAAAAUUGUCAGAUUCGAUUUUUCAAAAUGUGACAGCUGACGUUUAAUUGAUUUUGACGUUUGACGGGAAAAUAUACUGCUUUACCAAGUAUUCCGUGUUACCAAAACUGUUAAUAGGAUAUUUUUUUUUUUUAGUUAAUUUCGAUGUCUCAAAAACUAACUUUUUAAUAGAUUAUGUUUUACUAUCCGAUCGUGCAUUAAGACCUAAACAUUUAAUUUUUAAUAAAACACACACAGUAUUG